AUCCCGAUACGUCCCUCCGGCGCCGACGACGCUCGCUCGCCAUGCCCCAACCGCCGCCGGAGUCCUCCGAGCCGCUCGUCCCUACGCUGGCCCUUGCUGUUUAUAUAGCGUGCGUCGGAGGCACUGCUGCUGUUACUAAUUGCACGCUUGUAGGAGCACUUCUUAAGGCGGCAAGAAACGGCGUGUAUUCCAUUGUUAUACAGUUGGCUAUCGCAGACCUAUUUCUAAUUGGAGCAUCUUUGACGCCUGAGCUGUGGUCCACCAAUGUCAAGAAUUGGCCAUUCGGCUAUGGUGCUUGUUCAGCCUUUCGAGGUUUCCGCGUAUUGGCAUCAACGGCGUCUUCAUACUUGAUAGUAGCAAUUGCCUUGCACACACUGGCGACAAUCAAUAUGGAAGAAAAGGCAGCCAUAAAAAGGAAUAAAAAAAAUUUUCAGGACGAGGACGACGAAAUUAGAACAUCCAGACAUAGUCUGGUAGCAAAAAGUGACUCCUCGACGCCACCUCGAACUAUGAAUGUAGACUAUCGACUCUCAGACACCCAUGUCCCAGUCGCACCACCUACUAUUUUUGUUUGGGUGCUGGCCGUAUCUCUGAGUAUACCAGAAUUUGUACUCUCCACAGUAAUUCACGUCGAUCGUGAUCACUUUCAAUGCACAUCCGUAGAUACUAAUCACCUAAUAAAUAUGCACACUUUGCUCGCAGUCUUCGAAUUAAUUUUACCAAUUGUUAUAAUGAGUGUCACUUGUACAUUAAUUAUAAUAAAAUUAAGAAAUAAGAAAUUAUUUUUCGAAAUAUGGAACCGUGAUUCCAUUGCGGCUUUGAAAUUAUCUCUCUGGAUAAUAGUGACUUAUGGUGUUCUCUGUGUCCCGCGAUCAGUUACAUCCGUGUAUCAUGUUUACUCAUUAUCUAACAACGGAAAUGAACGCGAAAUAUCGCCAAUUGAUUGGAUACCUAAAACUUAUGAAACCGCAGUCAUAAGUUUAAUUAGUAGUGGUGCCGCGUAUCUUGCAACUACUGUGCGACCUAUUUUAUGUUUCUUAUUUCUUCCUCGCCCGAAAAUUAUAUUAUGUGCUAGAAAUUUUGAAAAGAAUUUCAGAAACGUGUGAAUUUAAAUAGUUACUUAGGUAUGACUGUGUUGUGUUAGCUACCUAUGUUUUUAUAGUGUAUCCCACACCACCUAUCUAGGUCGGAUGGGGUGGGUAAUUUCUAUCUAGAAAUGU